UAAACCCUUUCUUCCCCGAGAAACAUAGAACAGCUCUCCAAUGGUGGGCGUCGGGCUCCUCCGGCCCUGUUUUGCAGCAGCAGUGCUGCUCGGUGCGGUGGCGUUGCUUGCUGCCGGAGCCUCUCCUCAGCCCGUCGUUCUGAGACUGGAGCGACGGCUAGCAUCCUCCACGGAGAUGAUCAACAUCGACAAACUCCGACUGACCAUGCGUGGUCUGAUGCGUGAAGGUGUUGCUGAUCUCCCCGUGGUCGGCACAGGGAACAGUUAUUUGGCCGGCGGGCCAUAUCUGACACGUAUUCAACUGGGUAACCCGUCAAAGAAUUUCAGCAUGCUAAUUGAUACCGGGAGUUUCAUAUCAUGGGUUUCUUGCCAGACACCAGGUGGAUCUAGUGUUAGUUCCCUACCAGGACUAUUUGACCCUAGAUCAUCAUCUACAUCAUCUCUGAUGGCAUGUUCAAACAAGACAUGUCAAGCCAUGAUCCCUGAGUUUGCAGCGUGCAGCAAAUGGAGUGAUUCCUGCGAGUUGCAUGCAGGCUAUGGUCCUGGAGCUACUGCGUAUUCUAACACAACGGGAUACUAUAUAUCUGACAUGGUGCAUUUAGAGAUUCUCAAUGCAGUUGGACACACAUCUUCUGCUCCAGCCACUAUUAUUUUUGGAUGUAGCACUUUACUGUCAGGUGAACUGGUAGAGGCAAAAUUUAAUGGCAUUUUAACCUUUGCGCCGCAUCAAAUGUCCUUCAGUUCGCAGCUCCAUUCUCAGGGGUUAAUCCCUGGCGUAUUCUCUCUAUGCUUGAAGAGUGCAUAUUGGGGCAGUAUCCUUGUAUUUGGAGAAAUUCUGGAAGAGGGAAUUGUUUACACUCCAUUGUUACCUUCACCGAAAUAUUUUCAACUGUAUCUGGAGAGUAUUUCUGUGAAUGGUCAAGAGGUUCCAAUUGAACCGUCAGUUUUUAGACCAUCAGGUACACAUAUAACCAUUGCAGAUUCGGGAACUUCAUUGACUUACCUGGCAGAUGGUGCUUAUGACCCAUUCAUCAAGGCGAUAACCGCUGCAGUUUCUCCACAUGUACGCUCUAUGGUCAAGAAUUCAGAUCGAUGCUUCGUUACAUCUAUCAAUAUUGAUCUAUCAUUUCCAACACUGACACUGCGCUUUGCGGGCGGUGCUGUAAUGAAACUGAGGCCAAACAACUAUCUACAUUCUGAGGACCAAGUAAUUUACUGUAUUGCAUGGAAAAGGAACUAUGGUGAACAAAUAACGGUACUUGGAGAUAUUGUACUGAAAGAUAAAAUCAUUGUUCAUGAUUUGGAGAACAUGCUCUUUGGUUGGAUGGAUUUUGAUUGUUCUCGGCCGGUUAAUGUUACCAGCUCGAUUAGGAAGAAACAUGUCAGUUCUGGGAAUGUGUCAUCAUAUAAAAUCUGGACACUUACUGGGGUUGCUACCAUCAUUGCACAUAUCCUCAUCUUGUGUCAUUUCCACUGCUAGUUAGUGGCUCACCAUGCAAGGAUUUCAGAGGAGAUACAUCGCUUUUCGAGCAUCAGGAGUCAUGCUUUGGAUAAAAAAUUAACUACUGCAGCUGAACUUCAUGACUUUCUUUAUCAGGAUCAGAGGAGCAGCGUCAGUUCAUCGAGCAUCAGAAGUCAUGCUCUUAUUUUAUUGAACUUAAUUGCUGUUGAACCCUUGUAUUGUUCUAAGUCUAAUGAGACUAUUGCCGCACCAUCAUUCGUAUACCAGUGGUAUUGUAUUGCUGUUGAAAUCGGAGAGUGCUCUUUGUUCUGGACGCUUGUGCUGGAUACAUUGUACUCCCUUGGUUCCUAAAUGUGCUGGAUGUGAGUCUUCUUAGA